UUAACGCCCGCUUCUCCUCUCAUUUUACAACCACUCCUUUCUCAAACACCAUUACGCUGUCCCUCACAUCCGCCGGACCUCCUCCCAUGGACGUUCGCCGGCGACCAUCUGCCACCUCCAACGCCUCCGCCGGCGAACCUUUCAAUAAACCCCACCACCACAAAUCUUCCACCACCGCCACCUCACCUCUCAAAGCAUCUGAUGCUCUGCCACUACCGCUUUACCUCACCAAUGGGAUCUUCUUCACGCUCUUCUUCUCCGUGGCGUACUUCCUCCUCCACAGGUGGCGGGAAAAGGUCCGCACUUCCGCUCCUCUCCACAUACUCACCUUUUCCGAGAUCGUCGCCCUUGUUUCCUUGGUCGCAUCCGUUAUUUACCUCCUCGGAUUCUUCGGCAUUGAUUUCGUCCAGUCCUUCAUCGGUACCCGGUCUUCCCCUGAUUCUUGGAAUGUCGAUGAUGACACCACCACCCCUACCGCCGCUGCCGACGGCUCCGCUCCAAAAUUCAUUAAUAAAGAUGAAUCAUGCUGUGGGGCUAGUACUAUUGAUCCCUCUGUUUCUGCCAAACUCGUUGCACCUGUCAUGACACAUGUCCCUCCCGGGGAUGACGACGCAAUAAUUGAAUCAGUCGUUUCCGGGUCGCUGCCGUCAUACUCGCUCGAGUCAAAGCUCGGGGAUUGCAAGCGAGCGGCCAUGAUUAGGCGCGAGGCGCUGCAAAGAACGACGAAACGUUCGCUGGAAGGACUACCGUUGGACGGCUUUGAUUACGAUUCCAUCUUGGGACAGUGCUGCGAGAUGCCGGUCGGGUACGUGCAGAUCCCGGUGGGGAUUGCAGGGCCGCUUCUGCUUGACGGGAAGGAGCACAUGGUACCAAUGGCCACUACAGAGGGCUGUCUGGUAGCCAGCACAAACAGGGGAUGCAAGGCCAUUUAUGCCUCCGGUGGCGCCACCUCUGUAUUAUUGAAGGAUGGCAUGACUCGUGCCCCUGUUGUACGAUUCCCCACCGCCAAGAGAGCGGCGGAGUUGAAGCUCUUCUUGGAGAAUCCCGCCAAUUUUGAUACUAUUGCUGUUAUCUUCAACAGGUCCAGCAGAUUUGCAAGGUUACACGGAGUGAAGUGUGCCAUAGCUGGAAAGAAUUUGUACAUCAGAUUCACCUGCACCACAGGUGAUGCCAUGGGGAUGAACAUGGUCUCAAAGGGUGUCCAAAACGUUCUUGAUUUUCUCCAGGAGGAUUUUCCUGACAUGGAUGUGAUUGGCAUCUCCGGAAACUUCUGCUCCGAUAAGAAACCAGCGGCAGUGAAUUGGAUUGAAGGGCGGGGGAAGUCUGUGGUCUGUGAGGCGGUUAUCAAGGAAGAGGUGGUGAAGAAGGUGCUGAAAACCACGGUACCCGCCCUCUUGGAGCUUAACAUGCUAAAGAACCUCACUGGCUCCGCCAUGGCAGGUGCUCUUGGCGGCUUCAACGCUCAUGCCAGUAAUAUUGUCUCCGCAAUCUACAUAGCCACCGGCCAGGAUCCGGCACAGAAUGUAGAAAGUUCUCACUGCAUCACCAUGAUGGAAGCUGUCAACGACGGCAGGGACCUACACGUCUCUGUCACCAUGCCUACCAUUGAGGUUGGAACAGUAGGAGGUGGCACCCAGCUGGCAUCCCAGUCCGCUUGUCUGAACCUACUUGGAGUCAAAGGUGCCAGCAAGGAGAGUCCAGGGUCAAACUCAAGACUUCUUGCCAGCAUAGUAGCUGGCUCUGUUUUAGCAGGAGAGCUUUCCCUGAUGUCUGCCUUGGCAGCAGGGCAACUUGUGAAGAGCCACAUGAAAUACAACAGAUCUAGCAAAAAUGUAUCCAAAAUUGCCUCCUAAGCUUAUAUUUGGAAAAAAAAAAGAGUUAGUUUUUCCAUUAAAUCAAUCACAUUGGGAAGAACAAACUAACAGAGAGAGAAUAUGGGGCUUAGGGGACAGGAAAAAAACACAAUUUACCCACCAUUACUAUUCAAAAUUAAUAACUCCUAUGUGAAGAUGGGCUCUCUCUUUUCUAGAUGUAUAAAACAAGGAAGGACCAUGGGAAAGAGAAACCAACUUCAUCCUUUGCACCAGAUUCUUUUCUCGUGCCAAGGGACCUAUUAUCUUGUUGUCAAUUGUUAAUUUCUUAGUUUGUUGUUAGGAUUAUGGGGUUUAGUUCUUGUUGUUGUUUGUCAGCUUAUGUACAUGAUUCAGUAAUUUGAUUUUAAUUAAGUUAGUCUUGAAGC